UGGACCGCCCCCUUUGUCUAUAGGUCGUUCAGGCGGUCAGUUUGUCCGUCACAUUACCACACAUCAAAACAGUCACAUGCAAGUCUGAGCAGUGAAUUUAAGCGCAAGUCAAGGUUCUAGCCAGUCAGAAUGGUUUCAUAUAAGCUGCUGACCCCUGAAGAUGUAUAUUUCAGUGCCCCAGUUCCUGUUGUGGCUGAAGAAACAUCUGAACCAAAACCUCCAGAAGUCAAACUUUGUUGUAAAAAUAAACCCUGCUCGACAUCCACUGCAUUCAUUGUGCUGGCCACCUUUUUGUUUGUUUUGUGCUGUAUCUGGCUUAUUGGCACUGUUUUCUGGCUGAAGGAUCCAGGGAAUCAGAUACCGUACAGAUCUCCCUCUCCUUCUACAUCCCUGAGCAACCAGAGUAGACCUUCUCCAGAAACUUGCAGCAGUAUAGAGGUGUCUCACCGCUUUGACUGCUACCCAGAGAGGCAAGUGGUAGUGACCCAGGACCUCUGUCAAGCCAGAGGAUGCUGCUUCAUUCAGAUGCCACCAACUGAAAAAGGAGUGCCAUGGUGUUUCUACCCUCCUGACUUUCCAAGUUAUGCUUUAGAUUCUUUGGUUGACACUGACCUUGGAUUUAUGGGGAAGUUGGUACGGAAGAGUGAGACUUAUUAUCCAAAAGAUGUUAAGAACUUAAAGCUCGAUAUUAUGUAUGAGACAAAUACCAGAUUGCAUGUGAAAGUAACUGACUCCAGCAGUAAACGUUUUGAAGUUCCCAUUUCUGUCCCAAAUGCUACAAAAAAGGCCAUCAGUCCAGAAUAUGUUGUGGAGUUUUCUAAGCAGCCGUUUGGAUUAAUUCUUAAACGCCUGUCAAGUGGAACUGUAUUAAUAAAUACAACUGUGGCCCCGUUAUUCUUUGCAGAUCAGUUCCUCCAGAUAUCAACCAUCCUGCCAUCACAAUAUAUUUAUGGGUUAGGAGAACACCGAGCUGGCCUUCUUCACAGUGUGCAGUGGAAUACCUUAACGUUUUGGGCAAGGGAUGUGCCUCCAACGGAGAUGACAAACCUUUACGGAGUGCAUCCAUUUUACCUGGGCAUUGAGCCAGAUGGAUCAGCCCAUGGAGUUUUUCUCUUAAACAGCAAUGCUAUGGAUGUUGUUCUUCAGCCUGCUCCUGCUCUUACCUGGCGAAUGAUAGGUGGAAUCCUAGAUUUCUAUUUCUUUUUGGGCCCUGACCCUUCUUCUGUGAUUCAGCAAUACCUUGAGGUUGUAGGUUAUCCAUCAAUGCCUCCAUUUUGGGCUUUGGGAUUUCACCUGUGCCGGUGGGGAUAUAAGACAAGUAACAAAACUUGGGAAGUAGUAAGAGCUAUGAGGAAUUAUGGCAUUCCACAGGAUGCCCAGUGGAAUGAUAUUGAUUAUAUGGAAGGCUUCCGGGAUUUCACCUUUGAUGCUCUGAAUUUUAAUACCCUUCCUGAGAUGGUGAAGGACCUGCAUACACAUGGGCAGCAUUAUGUUAUGAUUGUGGAUCCUGCUAUCAGCAGCACUCAGCCCACUGGCUCAUACUGGCCUUAUGAUGAAGGGUUGAAAAGAGGUGUUUUUAUCAAUGAUUCUGAUGGUGAAACUCUUAUUGGAAAGGUUUGGCCUGGAUUGACUGCCUUCCCUGAUUUCUUAGAUGCUGCAACUCAACAAUGGUGGUAUGAAAAUCUACAGAUGUUUUAUGCCAAAGUACCCUUUGAUGGCUUGUGGAUUGACAUGAAUGAGCCAUCCAACUUUGAAGAUGGGUCAAUUAAAGGAUGCCCAUCUAAUGAGCUUGAAAAUCCACCCUAUACACCAGGAAUUCUUGGUGGAACUCUAAGAGGAGCUACUCUGUGUGCCUCAGCAAAACAUAAAACAGAAACUCAUUACAAUGUGCAUAGUCUGUAUGGCCUGUUUGAAGCCAAAGCAUCUGCCAAUGCUUUGAAGAAACUGUUGAAAAAAAGACCAUUUGUGAUUUCAAGGUCUACAUUCCCUAGUCAGGGUCUUUACUCUGGACAUUGGCUUGGGGACAACAAAAGUCAGUGGAAAGACUUAUACAUGUCUAUUUCAGGAAUUUUGAAUUUUAAUUUGCUGGGGAUUCCACUGGUUGGUGCAGACAUCUGUGGAUUUGGUGAUAGCACAAGUGAAGAACUGUGCAUUCGCUGGAUGCAGCUUGGGGCAUUUUAUCCUUUUAGUCGUAAUCACAACACCAUUGAAGUUCAGGCACAGGAUCCUACAGUAUUCAGCCCUCUGGCACGUGAGGCUAUGAAAGAUGCCCUGCUUCUUCGUUACAGUCUUUUCCCUCUGCUGUAUACUCUGUUUCACCAUGCUCAUAUUAAGGGUCACACAGUUGCCAGGCCACUCAUGUUUGAGUUUCCAACUGAUGUGACUACAUACUCAAUUGAUCAGCAGUUCUUAUGGGGAAAGAGUCUCAUGGUGAUUCCUGUUUUGGAAGAAAAGGCCACUUCAGUGACUGCUUAUUUCCCAAAAGGAGUGUGGUAUGACUUUUACACAUGCUCCUCAAUGACAAGUCAUGGAGAAAAGGUUAAACUGGAGGCUCCCUUAGACAAAAUAAACAUUUAUAUACGGGAAGGGGCUAUAAUUCCCACACAGACACCCAACACUACUUUAUGGUCAAGCAGUGGUAACCCCCUCCACCUUACUGCAGCUCUUUCUGAAAAUGGAAAGGCCGAGGGUGAUUUGUUCUGGGAUGAUGGAGUCAGCCUAGACACAUAUGAAACCAGCAACUAUACGUAUAUAGUUUUUGACGUCUCUCAGAAUAUGUUUACAUCUAAAGUACUCCAUGAAAACAUUGAAGCCACAUACAUUAUUGUGGAAACUGUAAAAAUCUUAGGAGUUAGACAGCAGCCAUUUAAUGUGACUGUGAAUGAUGUAGAAACUCCUUUCACCUACUUGCAGAAUCAGGUCCUAACUGUGGGAAAUCUCACCCUUAAUCUUAAUAAGGGAUUUACAAUCAAAUGGAUGUAAAAAGUGGAAUUUAUGCCCUGCUAUAUGCAGAACUAGUUGGAUGCACUGGAUCUUUGCUGCUACACUUUCUUGCAAAACUGAAAUUUUGAAUGUUUUCAAUGAACAAAAUGUAUGCAGUAUGUAUGUUUUCAUGUAGUUAUUCUGCUUUAAGAACACUGUAGCUGUAUAAAAAUAAUGCAACUAGUAGAUUUAAAAACUCAAAUUAUGUUUUGAUGCUCUCGGCAGAAAUAUAUGUGAAUGUAAGAUUAAAUUAGCACAUGCCACUGCUUCAUUAUGUGAGAAGUCGGCUUUCUAGUUUAAAGCGAUAGAGUAUUUCAGAUUCUCUGCCUUGAAGCAUCAAUUUACAAUACUAUUGCACCUUACAAUUUCUGUACAGUUUAUUUUUAAACAAGGUCCUAAUGCUGUAAUUCAGGGUUAUUCACUUAUAAUUUUGAGCCAGAUUUUCAAACCAUGAAAUACAUAUGAUAUAUAGACAUUUUCAGCAGCCAGUGAGCAGCAGGAAAUAACACAUUUUAAGACAACACAAAUGAAUGUGUUGGAAACCAAGU